AUAUAACAUUCUAAUUAUGCUCUUUAAAAGGAGCCCCGAUCCAAUGAGAAAUGUUAACCCUAUCUCUCUCUUAGAACGAUGAUACAUGGAAAUUUCUUAUGUUUCUCUUCUCUUAUGGUUUCCAUUCUCUUCUGGUUUCUCUGCUCUUCCGUCACCCAAGUUCGUAUGACCGAUCCCGAGGCGCUGAAGGUUAGAGCUGACGUCGUAGUAGCAAAGGAUGGGACGGGACAGUUCACGACCGUGACGGAGGCUGUCGCAUCGGCUCCGGAAAACAUCAAGAAACGAUACGUCAUAUAUGUGAAGAAAGGAGUAUAUGAAGAGAUUGUCAAUAUCGGGAAGAGGAAAGAUAAUAUUACCAUCGUAGGUGAUGGCAGAGACUUAACAAUUCUCACCGGCAGUCUCAGCGGUAACCAUACCAGCCAUACGGCAACUCUCGGUGUUGACGGAAAUGGAUUUACGGCACAGGAUAUCGGCAUACAGAACACAGCCGGAGCGGAGAAGGGACAGGCCGUAGCCCUCCGCAUAAGCGGGGAUAGGUCCGUCGUGUACCGGUGCCGAGUUGAAGCAUUUCAAGACACUCUCUAUGCUCACUCGGGUAGACAAUUUUACCGAGAAUGCUAUAUAACUGGCACCGUAGAUUUUAUCUGCGGAGAAGCAGCAGCGGUCUUCCAACAAUGCCAGAUUGAAGCUAGAAAGCCGAUGAAAGGACAGAGCAACAUGAUUACUGCCCAAUCACGCAGUUACAAGACCCAGAACUCCGGGUUUACUAUCUACAAAUGUAACAUCACGGCGACUCCAGAUCUCACUCCAGUCAAAGGCACGGUAAAAACCUUUCUAGGACGUCCAUGGGGUCCUUACUCAACCGUGGUGGUUAUGAAGUCUUUUAUAGACGACCUCAUUGAUCCAGCGGGUUGGGCACCGUGGGACAUUAAAGAUAAAGGGCGUUUGUCAACAUUGUUCUAUGGAGAAUUUCAAAACUACGGUCCGGGGGCGAAUACAACCAAUAGAGUCAAAUGGAAGGGAUAUAAAUCAAUAAAGGAUCCGAAAGAAGCUGCAACAUUCACACUUAAAAACCUUAUAGGAGUGUCGUGGCUUAGAUUUAGAGACGUUCCGUACGAGGACGGACUCUAAUUACACUUAUUUAUGUGAUUUUCUUAAUUAAACCAUAUUUGCAGUGUAUCUAAUCUAAUAAAUAAUGGAAAGUGGUUACAUUA